AUGGGAAACUCCUCCAAGGAUAAUUCCGCCAACUCCGGCGACGCAUCUCCCGCCGACGUUCCUCCCUCCGAUUCAAGCACUUACUCCGAGGGCGAGAAAGUCCUCGCAUAUCACGGUCCCCGCAUCUACGAAGCAAAGGUGCAAAAGGCGGAGAUCAGAAAGAAUGAAUGGAGAUACUUUGUUCACUACCUUGGCUGGAAUAAAAAUUGGGACGAAUGGGUAGGUGAGAGUCGUUUAAUGAAACAUACUGAAGCGAAUGUUGUGAAACAGCAUGCCUUAGACAAAAAGCAAGGUGUAGACAAGAAUGUUAAAUCUGGGCGUUCAACUCAUGGAAAGGCCAAAAGUUCUACAGAUGCCAAAGUGGAUAAAGAAGACAUCAAGAAUAAUGUGUCAAAAGGAAAAAAACGAAAGAAUGAUUCAGGAAUUGAGAAGGGCAGCGGGAAUGUUGAUAAGCUUUUUAAAAUUCAAAUCCCUGCACCGUUAAAGAAACAACUUGUUGAUGACUGGGACUUUGUUAAUCAGCAAGAUAAGCUUGUAAAACUUCCUCGUUCACCCACUGUUGAUGAAAUUCUGACAAAGUACCUUGAAUACAAGUCAAAGAAAGAUAGCGCGGCGGCUGAUGCAACAGGGGAAGUUUUGAAAGGAAUAAGGUGUUAUUUUGAUAAAGCAUUGCCUAUGAUGCUCUUAUAUAAAAAGGAACGCAAGCAAUGUAAUGAAGCAGUUGUGGACAGUGUGUCUCCAUCAAGCAUAUAUGGGGCCGAACAUUUAUUACGCCUAUUUGUUAAGUUACCUGAGCUUUUGGCAUAUGUGAACAUUGAAGAGGAAACAUUAAACCGCUUGCAGCUGAAAAUUCUUGACUUUCUCAAGUUCUUGCAGAAAAAUCAAAGCACUUUUUUUCUCUCAGCAUAUGAUGGGACAAAAGGAAAAGGGAAGGGAAGGGAUGAAUGA